GAUUUGGAAUUUCUGGAUGAAAGAAGGAUUGAACUCGAAAAAUAUAUCCGGACUGUGGUUGAACUUGAUCUGUGGUUACAGAGAAGGAGGAAACAAUAUGCACUUCCAUCUCUCGUUGCUCAUUUCCUUGAUUUCCAGGAAUAUGAUUCCUUCUUCAGGACAUCGGAAGAAAGAAAUGUGCGAAUUAUCAUAUGUAUACAUGAGCCUGCUGAGGGUUUUGAAGGUGGAUACAGAUGGCGUAAAGGUGAAGUAUUGUGA